AUGCCUGGUACUGUUGCAGUCCUUAAGACGAGUCAUGUUCGUAUCGGUGCACAGAUGGACGAGUCUCAAGCUUAUUUUCAUAGACUAUUCUGGACGUUUCCACCAUGUAUCGAGGCAUUUCGUCAUUGCAAGCCCCUAGUUAGUAUUGACGACACCUAUCUCUAUGGCAAGUAUGGGGGGACGUUGCUUGUCGCGAUUGCACAGGACGGGAACUCCAACAUACUCCCUGUGGCAUUCGCAUUAGUCGAGGGUGAGAAUGCUGAGUCGCAUAACGGCAUCAAGGCCGCGCUUGAGGCUCCUGAUGGAGGAUGGUUACCUCCGUCUGCAUAUCGGGCAUUUUGCAUUCGACAUGUAGUGGCAAAUUUCGCCCUAACCUUCAAGGGCAAAGACGCAAGGAGGCUACUUGUGAAUGCGGCGUACGCUAAAACUGAGGUCGAGUUCCAUUACUGGUUUGAUAUUCUGAGGUCUGAAGACCCAGCGAUGUGUGACUGGGGGAACCAGAUUGAGUAUUCAUUGUGGACACAACAUUGUGAUGAGAGGCGUAUAUUUGGACACAUGACGACGAAUAUCUCUGAGUGUGUGAACUCAAUCUUCAAGGGUGUCAGAAACCUUCCUAUGUACUCGCUAGUGAAGGCAACAUACGAAAGGUUGGCCGAAUUAUUUGUUCGCAAAGGGAAAGAGGCUGAGGCGCAGCAGGGAACCGGACAACAAUUUAGUCAGCACUUGGUGAAGUGUAUAGAGGCCAACUUGAAGACGGCUAGGUGCUUCACGGUGACUUUGUAUGACAGGGAUAACUCCGAGUUCACCGUCGCAGAGACAAUUCCUACUGGUUCUUUCUCACUGGGUAGCUAUAGAGUUUUGCUUGCAUCUCAGACAUGUGACUGCAGAUACUUCCAGGCACUUCAUUUCCCGUGUCUCCACGCACUGGCAUGCUGUGCCUACUCACGGCUUACAUGGGAGCCUUACGUCCACCAGGUGUAUCGUCUUAGUUCGGUCUUCAGUGUGUAUCGGAUGGGUUUCACACCUCCCAUUCCGGAGGAUUUCUGGCCACCAUAUGACGGGCCGACUGUCAUCCCAAACCCGAAUAAGAGGCGUGCGAGAGAGGGUCAUCCGAGGUCCACUCGGAUACGGACCAAUAUGGACAAGGCAGACCCGAACCGGCCAAAGAGAUGUGGACUUUGUCGGCAGCCCGGUCACACACGUCGGAGUUGCCUACAACUCCGAUGA